AUGUUUACUGAAAUGUAUCUAUGCUUAAUGAUUCUUGCUAUCACUAUCGCUGAUGGCCAGAGCCAGAGUGAGUAUGGUGAUAAUGGUGCAGCAGCCGCAGCCGCAGCCGCAGUAGCAGCACAAGGUGGUUAUGGACAGACUGGCAAUGGGCCAAGGGGUGAGGGAGCAGCAGUGGCAGCAGCAGCAGCAGCAGCAGCAGCAGCAGUAGCAGCAGGAGCAGGAGCAGCACAAGGCGGUUAUGGACAGAGUGGCAAUGGGCCAAGGGGUGAGGGAGCAUCAGUGGCAGCAGCAGCGGCAGCAGCAGCAGCCGCAAUGAAAGGAGCAAAUGUAUAUAAACAAUGA